UAAAACUUUUUCGUACUAAUACAAUAUUAUUGUUAAUUUGACAAACGUUUUCAAAUAGUACUGAAGUAUCGGUUUAUGAUCGUACUUAGGCCUAAGGACAAACGUUAAAUUCAAAGUGACCAUUUUUUCAUUGAUUAGUUUUCUUUAGAUUAGGCUCAGUGUUCGAAUUUUCAGUUUCAUAAUGGCUUUUAAUAGUCUUUGGGAAGAAUAUAUGCAGAUACCCGUUAUAACUCGUGUAUACACAACAGCCAGUUUAUUAACAACUUUAGCAGUGCAUUUGGAUAUUGUGUCUCCUUCUCAACUACACUUCAAUCCAUACUUGAUAAUAAGACAUUUACAGAUAUGGAGAAUACUGACUACUUUCCUAUUUUUUGGAAAAUUAGGAUUUCAGUUUAUUUUCAACAUAAUAUUUACGUAUCGGUACUGUAGAAUGUUGGAAGAAAGCUCCUUUUAUGGUCAAACUGCAGAUUUCUUUUUCAUGUUUGUAUUUGGAGGGAGUAUAAUGAUUAUAAUUGCCAUUUUUGCUAACUUCCCUUUUCUUGGACAAGGUUUUACAAUGAUGGUGACUUAUAUUUGGAGCCGUAAGAACUCGUACUAUCGCAUGAACAUCUUUGGACUGUUGCAUAUUCAGGCUAUAUUCUUACCUUGGAUUCUUCUAUUAUUUUCAUUUUUGCUUGGAAAUUCUAUACUAGUGGAUUUAAUGGGAAUAGGCAUUGGUCAUCUGUAUUAUUACCUAGAAGACGUCUUUCCAAAUCAAGCUGAAGGCUAUCAAAUUCUCAGGACUCCAUAUUUUAUAUGCAUUAAUGUCACAGAAGGACUUGUGAUACUGUGACCUGAAUCCGUAACAUCAGUAAAGAUACACUCCUUCAUCGAAGGACUAGUGAUGCAGACAGUGAUCUUAAACUCAGUGUGGAGAAUUUAUUCUGUGUAUUUCAGAUGAUAUUAUGUAAGAUACAUGUUAUUUUUCUCUAACUAUCUUCUGGUUAAAUGCAAAGCCUAAAGCUGUAAUAAACUUCUCUUGCUCUUGUCUUUUUCUGUGAAAUCCAACUAUAUGUUUGUUAUAUACCAGUAUUAAAAAAAAAAAUUUUAUGUUUCUAGAAUGUACCUUUUUGAUCCAAACCCUGAUACAAACUAAAAUCGUCUUCCAAAGGAUCAUCCAGAAUAUUUCAGCUAAGGUGGUGUUGAUAUUAUAAACUAAUUAAAAUGUGAUAUAAUAUAAAAUGUAAAUUUGUGAAUAACCAGUUUAUAUCAUUAGUGGUUUUUUGUUUUCUUAUAAUAUUAAAGCAGUUAUUUGAUAACAAGCAGUUGUAAAGUUAAAAUUUUAGUCAAUCUACCUACCCAUAAUUCAAGUGCAUUCAUGAAUGUCCGUAGGAUAAGUAAAAUUAUUAUUGUUUAAAUGGUUUUAAGUUAUUCCAUGCUAGUCAUGACUGUUUCUCAUAUAAAAAUUU